AUGCUGGGAAUAUCGGGACCUGGUCCACCAACAUCAUCUGCAGCAACAGGAACACAUUAUCAUCAAUUUCAUCAUUCAACACAAAAUAUGGUUCCGGGACCAUCCAAUAUUUCACCGCUAAUAGGUUAGUUUUUUUGGAGAAAAAAUUAGUAGAAAAUUUUUACAAGAAAAAAUCAUUUUUUUUAUUUCGGGGGACUAGGCUGAACAAGUUAGGCUAAAUCUGAAUUUUUAAAAUUUCAUAAUUUAGAUUUUCGGUAGAAGUUUUUAAUUUUGAAUGAUUAAACCACUUGCAAAAAAAAUUAAAUAAAACAUUUUACGUGAAAAAAAUUGGCGUGAAAUGAUCAUUUUCUAAUUUUCAUUUCUUGAUAAAACAAUUCAGAAACUGUGAGUUAAUUUUCACUUUUUGUAGGGAAAAAUAUCAGUUUCAAAUUUGCAGGUAAUAACCAGCAGUCAACAUUACCAUUAGCAUCAACAUCUUCUGGAAUUGGACUUGGCGCUAAUUCAACGUAUGUUACAAACCAUUUGGGUCCUGCACCAACAAUAUCUUCAAAUGACACACUUCUAUUACAACUUCGAACUAAACCGCAUUCUCGCGUGUUUCGCGCAUUAUUUCAAUAUCUACCGAUGCGCGAUUCGCCGAAUGAUAAUCCACAAUUAGAAUUGACACUUCAACCGGGUGAUGUUGUAUUAGUGAAAGGAGAAAUGGAUUCGGAUGGAUUUUAUCGAGGUGAAACAUUAGAUGGAAGAAAUGGAUUGGUGCCUUCGAAUUAUGUUGAGAGGUGAGGAAAUUCAAAAAAUUAUGUGGCAGUUUAACAACAAUUGAAAAAUAGUUUGGUAAAUUUCAUGUUAUUUUCGAAACUUGUGGUUAAUUUUCUGUAUAACUUUUCAAGCCACUGAAGUUAAGAAUAAGCUAAAGCUCUGUUGGAAUCGGCCUUUUUUAACUGAAAUUUUUAGUUAGUUUCGGUGUAGGGGAGAUAUGGUUUUCUAGUUGAAAGUUUGAAAAUGUAUGAAAACUGCAAAUCGGGAGAGACGCAGAGAAAAUUUCUAAUAGAUAUGUUUGAAAAAUCAUGGGAAUUUCAAACAAAAAUCUGGAAAUUAAAGUAAAACAUUUAAAAAACUCGACAAUAUUACAGGGUUCCCGAUUCAGUUCUUCUUGCAAAUGCUCGUGCUCCAUCUCCUUCAUUUCCUCUACGAAUUCCACAACAUUUAUCAACGAUUCAACACGAUUUUUCAUCACCAGAUCAUUCGACACUGCCAGAUUCAGUUAGUUUUUUUGGGUUGCAGGAUUUUUUGAAAAUAAACUUUAUUAAAAAAACUUUAGGUUUGCCCGUAUCCACCAGCUGAUGUUACAAAAGUCACAGUGCAAGAGAUCAAAAACAACGAGACACCAAGAGGUAGGAUUUUUGAAAUAAAAAAUUUAAAUUUGAAAAUUUGAACCCCUCCCAGCCAAAAAUCCUUUCUUCAUCCAAUAAUGAAAAAAUCUCUUGAGCGGCCUCCUCACAUCUCAUUAGCAUUUUUGAAGAAGCGCGAGAGCAAAAAAGUAUCAAUUUUCGUGUGCCUUGAGGCACAAAAAAACGAGAGAGAAACGCGCGCGCAAACAAAGGUGUUUGAUUGACGCAUUUUGUGUGUAAUUGGAUACGUCAUUUUGAGCGCGAAUUUUGAGAAAACAACGGGAAUUUGGAGGGAGGGAUUUUUGGCUUAAAAAUUGAAUUCUGAACCUAAAUAUCAACAGUGUUACGCGAAAAUUGAAACAUUUCAAACGACACUACGCAAUGACGCGUAGUUUUUAAAUAAAAUAAACAUUUCCGAGUGUUGAAUUAAAAAAAAAACUUUCAAACCACACUCCACAGAAACCCAACCGUAUUUAAAUACCGUAUUCUUGCAGUUCCUUGUCCUCGCGAACUAAUAGUCGAAAAGAAAUUAUCACGAAGUGCAUUAGUUUCCUGGAGUCCACCCGAAGAAUCAUUUGUUGCUGUUUCACAAUAUCAUGUUUGUGUCGAUUCAUCAGUUCGUGCAAUUGUUCCUGGUUCAUAUAAAUGCCGUGCAUUAGUCGAAGAUAUUCCAUUAGAUGGUUCGGUCAAUUUAUCAGUUCGAGCUGUUACUGAAAAUGGACAUUCACCUGAUGCUUGUUGUACAAUUGCGAUUGGAAAUGGUAUGUCUCAAACUAGAAUCCACAAAAUUCAUAUUUGAAAAAAAAUGGUUUUUCAUUUUCACACCUCAACAAUAAACAUUUUUCAGAAGCUGCUGUUGCUCCACAACAAGUUCGAAUUUGGGCGGUUACACCUGUUUCGGCGUGUGUUCGAUGGUAUCCAUCGAAUAGUAAUGCUGAACACGUUGUUUCGCUGAAUGCUGUUAAGGUUGGAGUAUGUCCGCCGACUGUGUUUCAGGUCAGAUUGGGGGGGGGGGGGUUUCAAAUUUAUGGUAUAAAAUUUUUGAGAGGGUUUGAUUUAUGAUUUUUUACUUGUUAACUCAUUUUGUUGCUUUUAUUUUAAAUUUUUUUUCUGGACAAAUCUUCCUGAUACUCUGAUUUUGAUUUUUUUUCAAUGAGAAAUCUUAUUUCAUCAAAUUUUUGAUCUUUUGCCAAAAUAAAAUUCUCCGAAAUCUUUAAUGUUUCUGAUGUAAAUUCAUGAAUUUUUAACUUCUUCUCAGAAGUUAUGCAAACUCACUUGUUCAAAGUCCAGACUGCAGAUUUAUUUUCUAGAAAAAUUAUUUUUCUGAUUUCUCACGAUUUUUCAAGAGUUGACAAUAUCGUAUUAAUUUUAAUCCUGAUGAAUGAAAAUUAAUUCAAAAAAUAUUAUUGAUUCUGAACACUGAAUUUCGAAAUUCAACAAAACAUUCGACAAUAAUAUAUUGUUCUCAUAAACUUACCGUAUUCUUUCUUAUUUAUUUUUUCUUGUUUUCAAGUUGCUAGGUGAUCCGAUUUCAAUUCUACAAUUUCUCUUCUAAUGAGCACGAUUUCUUCUCAUAUUCUAUCUAGAAUUCUAGAAAAAAAAUGAAAAAAAAAUUAUCGUAUUUUUAUAUGCAUAUGUUUUUUGCUUCUAUUUUUCAGCCAAUUCUUUCGCCUUCAGAGCUCAUCUUUUUUUGCUUCGUCGUUUUUUUUCUCGUUUUUUCGCUACCUAAAUUAUAGACACAUGCCUUCACACAACUAACCAACCAUUUUAUUUUUCUUCGCGUCUUUUUCUUCCUUUUUUCCCUGUCUUCUUUUUUUUUGCUUCGUUUUGUGCUACUGAAAUUAGUUUCAUCUUCUUCUUUUACACAUCUACAUAAUAUCCAAAAUCCGUAGUAAAAAGGGAUUUGUUUCAAAAAACCAAAACGAAGAGAACGAAAGAAAAGAAAAAUAGAGAAACCCAUAAAUUCUGAUUCUGAGACAUGCAUUUUAAAUUUUCCGCGCAAAAAUGAAUAGAAUAUUUGCAGGUACAAUUACAAGGCCUUCAACCUUCGACUAUUUAUCGAGUUUCUGUGCGAACAAAACAUCCGAAAGCGGUUUUAGAACAACGACCUGUUGAGAGAUGUAUCGAUUUUAAGACAUUGCCUAAAAGUGAGUUUUUUUUUCGUGGGGCUCUCAAAAAGGUUGGGCCGGUAUGAGAGAAUGGGUACUGUAGGAUUUUGACUACUAGAGUCAGAUUUUUUGUUUCAAAAAUUUACAGUAACCCAGAUUCUUGAUUUAUAUUAUUUCAGAAUCUCUAUUCCAGAUCCAAUAAUUCUGAAAUGAAAUUUUCAACAAUUUUCAAAAAAUCCUCUGAAUUAGCUAAUUGUUUUUCCCCCGAAAAAAUUGUUUUUCAUUUUCCAAAAUCCCAAAAAUGUUCAAUUACGCUCCAUUGAUAAUUUUCUCCUCCUUUUUUCUUUUUUUUUUGGUGGACCAAUGUUGUUUGAUUCUUACCGAAUCUAAUGAAGCAAAAAAAGAAAUUCGAGGAGACUAUUUUACAAAUCCUUGAAUUCCCAUAUUGUUUGAUUUUUUGCACUUACAAGUGCAAGUAAUUUUUUGGAGCCAGAAUUUUGCUUUUGAAAAUUUUUUUUUGCUCAAAAUUUAGAAAAAAAAUUCCAACUGAAUUUUUUUAAAUGUCUUGGCUCAUAGAUCCAUAAAAAAUUUCAUCAAUUUUUUUUCAGUUGAAAGUGCGUGACUCAUUAUUUUUUCUCGUUUUCCUAAUGAAUCACAUGAGAUUAUAAUCGUAUUAUAAUUUUUUUUGCCUGACAAAUCCAAGAAAACUUUUCUUAUUUCAUUUUAUAAGCUUGAAAAUGUUAUUCUAGCACUUUUUUUCCGUAAAUCAUUAUUUAUUUCGAAAUUCUUUCGCAACAAAAUUUCCCAAAAAAUAAAAAUAAUAAUUUUACUCAUAUCCUUCUUUUUUCCUUCUUCUCUCAUUUUUCAAUAUUCAUUUCAAACCAAUAAAAUGAAAUAAAAAUAAUAAAUUCAUAUUUCUAAUUUUCUUUUUUCCUGGCUCUGUCUUUCUUCUUUUCGUCAUUUUCGAAAAGUCCAUCUUCGUUUCUUCGUUUCCUCCAAAAAGCAUUCUUUUUGCUCUUUUUUUUUUCAAAAAAAAAAGAACCCAUCUUUUUUUCAUUUUUUUUUCGCACCAAACAAAAAAGGACGCGACGGAUCGAUUUCGAACAAAAAACUUUUGUUCUUUUUUUGGUUAAAUGUUCCGUGUGUGCUUUUUUUCGGAAUAUACAUUUUGGUGCCAAAAUAUCCACGUGGCAUUUUUUAUUUCAUAAUUUAAAAAUUUUUAACGCUAAAAAACCACGUGGCAUUUUAAUUUUUGAAAUUAAAAAAAUCCACGUGGUAUUUUCGUUUUCAAAAAAAUAAAAAUUUUGUUGGUUUAUCGAACUUUUUAAACUCCACCCCGUAGCUAUAAUUUCUCCGCUGAAAAAGUAUUAAAAAUAUAAAUUUCUCGCGAUAAAAAUGUAUUCUAAAUCUCAGCUUCUGCCCAGUUUUCAGAGCCAAAAGCUCUGCAAAAAAGCAAGCAAAAAAUUAAAUUAUGGUUCGGUCGGCCGUCAGAUAUAUAAAUCUAUCACUUUUUUGUGUUGAGCCUGCAACAAACGCUUUUCUCCCUGGGGACAUUUUUCGCUAAUUUUUUUUGCUGACUCACAGAGCUCAAAUGUAGAUCAUGGAAUUCAAUAGAAUUUGACUUUUUUCGGAAAUUGAAAUUCCAGACGCGUUUUUUUCGCGGCAAAGGAAUUUUAAUUUUUCUCAUCUCUCUUCCUUUUUCCUUUUUCCCGGCUCCGUUCUCAAAAAAAAAGAGAAAAAAAAACAAAUUAAUUUUUUUCCUUUUUGGUCUCGAAACGAAAUGUGUUUUUUUGGUUCUAUUUUUCCGUGCAACACGAAAAAAAGAACACAAAAAAUCUCUAUGGAAACUUUGUGAAUAUUUCAACAUUUUCACACACACAACCUGGUGCAUUUGCACUUGUUCUACGUAUUUAUUAGUCAACUUUUUUCGGCCAAGCUUUUCCUUUCCCAAAAAAUAGGAUGAACAUUUUUUGAACCAGAACUUGAAAUUAUAUAGUAGAUUAUUGAUCUCUGGUUCAAAUUUUCAAAUUUCAAAUUAAAAUACUACUUGAAGUUUUGGAUCUCUAAUAUUUUUCUGGGUAGCUCGCACAAAAUAGAUCACCUCUAGAAUUCUCAAGUCAUCAAUACCCUUCUUACAGUCGGUCUACCUGAUCCGCCAUCUUGUGUUCAAGUCGAAAUCGGACCACAACCUGGAACUCUUCUCGUUUCUUGGCAGCCAAUUUCGAAUCAACCGAAACCUCCAUCUCGAGCCGCCGUUCAUUCGUAUUUGAUCUACGCCGACGGAAAAAAUAUUGCACAAGUUCCAAGUUCUUCGGCAGAUCACGUCGUUUUGAGAUUGGCUGAUUUAUCAGACGAUCCACCUAUUUUUAUAACUGUUAGGACGAAGACGAAAGAAGGUGAGAGAUUUGGGCAGAAAAAAACCGUGCGAGAAGCUCAAAACCUCCCUACUAUCCUCGAAACGAUUUCUCAAACCCCUUUAUUUUUCAGGAGCUGUCUCAUCAGAUUCAAACGUUGCUCGAGUUCCCCGAACAACCGGUCUAGUUGCCACGUCAUCACAACAAUAUCAUCUACAACAAGAUCCACAACUAACAACUCAUCCAACAAUUCAUCAAGACAUGACGUCAUCAUAUCCUUCCUACAAUCCUGUGACUGCUCCUAAUUGUAAGUAUUUGAAUAUUCUAAAACAACUCGUGUCCUUACUUACUUGCUCUAAUUAUAGCCUCAAUGUAUCCGACAACAUUAACAAACGGUCAUUCGACAGCAAUUGCCGCGUCUUCCGCAACUCCUUACGGAACUCUUCCGCAUUCGAAUCGAUUAAUUGGUGCGACUGGAUUGAUGGCUUAUCAACAACCGUCUUAUUCAAAUGUGGCGCAUGCGACUGUUGGCGGCGGAAUUGCACCGCAAUUGGUCUCGCAACAAAGUGCACCAAUACCAGCAUCGAAUUAUGCGACGUUUGAUAGAUCUGCUUCGCUUGGCGCGCAGCCAACAUCGAAUGUUCCAAUACAUAAUCCAGUUAUGAUUGGAGCACCGACUUCGAGGCCUUCGCCGAGUAAUGUGAGUUUGGGUUUGAAAAAAAUUGUUAUCUCAAAAAUGUUUAGAACAAAUCUGAUAAACAAGUCAAGAAAUGUCCUCAAAAAUAGAAAAUUGUACUUUCUCAGAAAAGUAUAAUUUUAUAGAAAAAUAUCAAAACUCAAAACUCAAUCCAAAUUUUUUUUAUUCAUUUCAGGCUUGGAAAACGAGUAGUCAAUCAAUGAGUCAAUAUUAUACAUUUCAUCCGAAUUUCUUGCACACCGAGCCAACUUCAAAUGAAGAUGUUCGUCCAUCGGUUCUCGAAAUGGAAAAUAGGUAACUUUUUACUUCUUCUUCUUCUUCUUCCGUUUCUUUUUUUUGUCUUGUCACAAACAAUUUUCUCACCCCACACAAAUGAAUAUUUCAUUUCGGAAAAGUACGAAUUAUCCAUUUCUUUCCUUCUUCCCCCGUCCUUCUUUUUUUCUUUCUUCUGCCAGCCGAAAAAUAGAAAAUAAACAAAAUAAAAGAGGGAUUUGUGUGUUUGUUUUUUCAGUUAUCUGAUGAGACAUCGACAAUCUGAUUGGGCAAAUGCACCGGAAUCGAGAGAUGCGAGAGCAAGAAUUGAAGCAUAUUCGAGAGGAUUGGCGAGAGCUGGAUCAGCUGAUGAAAGGAUACAUCAUGGAAUAUCAGCUGGACCUGGAAUACAGUCUGGAACAUUGACAAGGAGGUAAGGAUUUGACACAAAAAAUGGGUGAUUUUGAAUGGGGCAUGAAGAAUACAUCGAUGCGCGAUAAAACGGAUAUACUUUUCGAGAUUUGAAAAGUAAAAUGGUCUAGAAACCGGGUGAAAACUUGAUGAAGUCCCAUUUUUCUUAAAGUGUCACGUUGUUUUUAGCACCACGUGUACUUUUUUAAUUUUUCAGAUUAAUUGCUCCACGACUGGCUCGUGUGAAAAGUGAAAGUGGUUUCGGUACUCGAUCUGAACCUGAUCUUCGACCUCCAACUCUCGAUCAAGAUCAGGAUUGUCGAUGGUUUGUGGCACUAUUCGAUUAUUCUCAUCAUAUGUCACCAAAUGCGAAUGCCGAAUUCGAAGAACUUCCAUUCAGAAAACAUCAGCUGAUAAAAGUCUAUGGCGAUGCAGACGCUGAUGGUUUCUAUCAAGGUCAAAUCGGAACUCGUGUCGGAUUAAUACCAUCGAAUAUGGUUAUUGAAAUUGCGAAAGAUGAUGUGAUACCUCGAAGAAGUGUUGUUCCAGCUGCUCAACCUCCACUUCCUUGUGAACCCGCGUUGAGACGAAUGCGAUGGGGAAGUUUGAAAUCGAGAAGUUAUGAUUAUGCGGGUGAUCAGAGGACGAGAUCAGGACAUCAUUAUGCGAGUUUAGAUAGAAGAGGAGACCGAGAAAGAGAUCGAGAACGAGACAGAGAUCGGGAAAGAGAUCGAGACAGGGAGAGAGAUCGAGAAUAUCGACGUGGUGAAUCAAGGGAUCGAUAUCGAGAUGAUUAUCGAGAAGAUCAGGCAAGAUAUGAUACUGUUAGAAGAUCGGGUGAACGACGAAGACAUGAUGAUAUUGAAGAUGAUGAAUAUCGAAGAAGAUAUGAACCAAGAAGAGAACGAGAUCGAGGAGGAGAAUAUCGAGAUGAUCGAAGGUAUCCUCCACCACCACAACAACAAGAUCGAAGAUAUCCAUCUGAACCAUCUCAAUCAUCUCAACAACCAAUGCAAGGUGGAAUGGAUAGAAGAAGUCAAGAUUAUUAUGAUUAUCCACCUGGACAACAACAACAGCAACCUCAAAGUUCUCAACAACAACAGCAACUCAAUCAUCAAAUGCAGCAAAUGCAAAUCUCGCAACAACCUCAACAAAUGCCACAACAAUCCCAACAUCAAUUAAUCGGUAUACCAAGUAGUUCAGGAAUUGGUGGAAUGGGUGGAGGUGGAACCGAUUCAAUGUAUAAUCCGCCAAUGCAACAAUCAUCUCAACCUGGAAUGAAUGUGCCAACAAAGAAAAUGGUCGCAAAAUUCGAUUAUGAUUCUCGUCAGCUUUCUCCGAAUGUUGAUGCUGAACAAGUUGAAUUAUCAUUUAGACAAGGUGAUAUUAUUAUUGUUUAUGGUGAAAUGGAUGAAGAUGGAUUCUAUAUGGGAGAAUUGAAUGGUGUUCGAGGAUUAGUGCCAUCUAAUUUCCUACAAUCUAGUCCCUUAAAUACUUUGGGACCAUCUCAACCGAUGGAACCAAUGGGAAUGGGUUUAGGAGGAAUGCCACAACAACAACAACAGCAACAACGAAAAGGAGUGGCAUUCUCGGAUACAUCACAAGUUGUUAGAAAAAGCGCACCGGUUCGACAAACAUCUCAAACAUCGGCGAAUAUUUCGGGUGGAGCAAGUGUGUCGGCUGGAGCUUCGACAAAACCAGCAGCCAAAAAAUCAACAGCUGGACAAUCGGCCGCCGGAAAACCGUUGGCUAAGAAAACCAGCGAUGUUGGAAAGGUAACUUAUUUUUCUACGGCUUUUAGGCGCUAAAAGUUUACAUAAUUCUAUUUAUUUUUACAGUCUGCAACACCAAAUGCACGAAAAACGAGUACAGCUGUGAAGAAAAGUGAUUCUUCUGCAAAGGUAUUUUUACUUUUAUUGAUUUGCAAAAAUUACUUUUUUACAAUUUAUUUCUUUCAGAAAAAAUAA